CUGUAGUUACUUAAAACAGGGACAAAACAUCAUGUGCGGGCCAAGCUGGCACAUCUCCCCUGGCUAGCGCGACAACCAUCUCGCUGCCGGUGUCCAGUGUCGGUGUCAACUUCGUCCGAGCACCUGACGUGGACGGCCGCGCGUGACGUACGGCCAGGGGAGAUAAUUGUUCCACGCCUUCUGGUAGUGAUUUCGGGCCACCCUCCUCGGCGGGGUAAAACCCCACAGGAAACGAACAAAGUAGGGAGGAGUGGAAAGAACUUUACUUUUCUGGGUGGCGAGGUGGAUAUCGGCCGACAGAAAGUCCGUCGGGAGAAAGGACGUAAAAGACCCACGGGACUCUGAAUUAUACUGAGUUGUGAACUUUAACUGAUGAAACUGUGGACACUGGAAUGAUUAGGACAGUGUGAACUUUAAAUGACGAGCAUAUAACAAGUGGAGUCAUCACGCCAGUGCGAACUUUAACUUGUGAAUAUUGGAUGUAUCAGCGACCAGCACCAUAGCGAAAAAGCCAGAAAGCUAAGUUUGAGAUUACCUAUGGAAUGUUUGUGAACUAUCUUCUUGUAAAUAUAUAUGCACUCUGUUAAUUAUAUUCUUAUCAUUAAGUUUGAAACCUUGUUAUUGAAUCUGUUGUAAUAGGUGUGUGGGAGAAUGUUAGAUGACUGAAUGCAAUAGUCAGACAUUGCGCACAGGGCCCACGUAACCGUACGUUACAAUAAGAGAGAUGCAUGGUGUAUAGAGGAGAGACAAAGUAAACCGCGCCACAUGAAAGCACCACACACUGCACAGCACUUAUACAGUGCUUCAAACGUUGUGUUAAAAUUGUGUGAAUUUUGUAGUUUAAGAAACCUAAUGAAAAAUAGGUUGUGACCAUCUUAACUGAUUUUAGCAAUACUUGCUAUAUGCACAUAAUUAGACGGUUUUAGAUAUUUGUUUUGUGUGUUUCACGUGCGUGCCUGAUUUUGUUUGUGUGUGAGUGAGUGAGAAAAGACAAUGAAAGGGAUUGUGUGCGUGUGUGCAGAGAAAAGCAGAAGCUAGAGAAAUCUCUAGCUGUUGUAUGCAAGUAUUGUCAUGAAUUAUAUACAGAAAGUUUUAGUUCAUUUCCAGUUUGCCUAGUGAUAAAUGCAUUUGGGAAGAGUGACGUGUGCAAAAGUGAUACAUUUUCAUUACAAAGCUAGAGUCUGCGUCGUCUGGUGAAUCACACACUGGACACUAUAGCAAGAUGUGUGAUUAAGGGCCAUCCGCAACCACGACGAAAAUAACAGGAUUACACAGAGUUGUAAGACAAUGGUGAUAAUACGGUGUAUAUCACUUUCGUAGGCUUUGGGAGAGCAGUAUAGCUGCUACUUAUAAUAUAUUGUCAUGGGUAUAUAUAAGGCUUUUAUCUGACAUAGGUAGCCCUAAAAGUGUUCUUCGAUAUGUACGGGUUUGGUGUUUCGAGUCUAUCUAACGUUGUCCCACCUUAAUUUCUCCAUAAUAUCGCGUCUUCAACAUGCCAUAUAUCAUGUGUUUGUAUGUAUUUAGCAUCUCACGACAAAGGUAUGCUGCACUGCGUCGGAUUGGUACAAAAUGAUGCUUGCUAUUGUCUAGCUGGGCGUUUUGCUUUGUCAUCGUGACCUUUAACCUUUUUAAAUCCGCCCAGCAGCCACUGUACUCCCACCCCACCCCUUUUUCUGCUUUACCUUGCAUCGCCCCUCAGCGAACAGUGGAAUCGCGGGGAACGGAUGAAAGAAAGGAGAAAGACUCCGUUGGCCGUUUGUAGUGAAAAGGGAGAUAACGGUGGUUUUGUCUCUAACACGAUUCGCUCGCUACCCACCCCCUUUCUUUCCGAUACGUGUAAGAAUAAUUAAAUGUCACAAUCUGUAAAUGUCAUUGUGACUAUCCUUCCAGUAAGUCGAUGAGAGAGCCCCCUGACGUAAAAGUCGCGAGGGGAGGGGAGGAUUGAUGUUUUACGUCGAGCCAGCAACUAUAAGACCAUAUAUCACGGCAGGGCAGCCAGCCCUGUACGUAAACAGAUGCCACUUGCAGAAAAAAGAACAACGUGCCCGAGACGAGAGCUGAACCCAGGACAGCCAACCCACUGUAUUGGUGACAGGCGUUAACUGUUACGCCACCGCGAGGAGCAAGCAUUUACUAUAGAUGGCAUGGUUUGACCCUGUGACCCGGCUCCGACCAGUGCUAUAGUCAAUAACCGACUCUCGCGAGCUGCAAUGGUGAUAAAAUAUAUGUUCAAAUUUUUUGCACCGUCGUCACAGCUUUGGGUGUACCUUUAAUUUUCUGUCAACUCGAUCGGAAUCUCCGGCUGUGAAAGGAGGACGGUUGUACGCAGUUAGCCGCACCUUGAUAGUUGAUGAACUACAUCGCAGUUUCCAAUAGCUUGUCGGUCACUCUUUUAUGUUUUCGUGUCUCGUAUCAAGUUUCCGCUCAACUUUCUUAGAAACAUUCAAACGGCAAAUGUCGAAAAACUCCUCCUUAUCCAAAAAAGCAUAAAUUCCAAGAAAAACACACAUACAAAUAUAACCGAACACGACACGUUAUACACAUUACUGUUUUUGUUUAUUUAGCAGACCAGGCUUUCUCCCUCGGAGCAGACAUUUGACAUCAUUAUCACUUUAUCUUACACGUUUCCUCCCCGUGCGCUCUUCGCACUCAUGAACUGGGUCAGUUGCAUUUCGUGACAAUACAAAUUUCCAUAAGUAUAAUACAGAUGCACAAACAUCGCUACACUCUAUACACUUUAGAACAUCCCAAGUUUUCGUGAACCCAGCGGAUCAAACAUGUACAUAAAUAUUAUGCAUCUAUAUUCUAUAGCUUAAUUUGUCGGCGUUGUAGGCCUUUUCGUAAUCAGGUGCGUGAAAAAUAUGUGCGGAAAUUUAUCGUUUUCGAGAUUUUCGGUUCAGACAUUGCUAGCAUAUGGCUGUAGUAUUAAACAUGGAGUGACUGCGCCCGUGCAGAAGCAGUGCACCUUUUACAGAAUUUGACAGUCUAUCAUGAAUAUUUCAUCCAAACCCCCACCCCGAUCACCACCACCACCACCACCUUCAAAAAAACUUUCUUCAUUGACAACAACAUAAAUAAUGCAUGCUUAGUACAAAUAUCUUGCUUUGAAAAAAAUACUUGUUCGUCAUUUAUUCAGCAAAACCGUAAUGAGCUAUUCAUUAUCAUCAAACUUUGAAGAUGAUAUAUUGUCCCACGCGUUGAGCUUUAAGAAUGUGAAUUAAACCGAUUUUUAAUUAGUUAUUUGAAUAUUCAUUAGCAGAGUGAUCAGAUAUCCGCACAUUGAUAUUUCACAGAAUAAAGAUCUCUAAAAAUGAAAGUCAGUGUUAAUUAAUUGAUUCCGACGAACUAUAUCACUUUGCUAAAACUAGAAUUAUAUAUAGCUACGAUAUCGUUCACUGCGGGAACUUAAUUUAAUUGCAGGUCCUAAUUAUAAUGAGCCAUAUAUUUUCGUUCGUUCUAUAUUCUAUUUCAUAAAUUCACGAAAAAAAUAAAAACAAUUACGUUGGGGAUUUGAAACUGAGGUUAAAUAUUUAGUCUGCUAAAAAUGUUUCGACGACAAUAUAUAUAAUCACAGUAAGCACAUGUCCGAAGUGGUCGUGCAAACCUUUAAAUCGGGGUAAAGGUCACAGGGUAAAAGUCACAUGCAUGCAUAAAUUUUGUCUCCAAAUUUGUCCUUGCAUUUAGACUAAAUGGCAACGUACGCUUGCUGGGGUACUUUUGAAAAAUGAUAUUUGUACACGCAUGGUGUACGUGUGUAUGUACGGGAGAAGGAUUAAGUCUGCGUUUAUUCCACCUUCUAAUAACGCACAUUUUAUCACUUUUAUGAAUUAAGUUUGUGAAUGUAAUUGCUCUCAAAGACUCGAAUAAAAAAAGACUUGGAGUAAAAGACGAGGAAAACAGAGAACAGCUAUAUAACUGAUAUAUCAUAUUUUUCACAAGCCUGCCAAAUCCUCAAAGCCUCAAACAUAGGGGAGACUACUCCCGAAACUUCCGAACUUCUUGUCUCCCUUGCAUGCUUCUUUUGUACUUCCGCUGACGUGCUCAUUUGAGAAGAAAGCAAAAGUGCUCUGUAUUAUGACUUCGAGAUUCUUCUGAGAAAGCUGUCGAAGAAAGUGGUUUAAGGGCUCCACUAGCAUUAUGAAUCCAUCUUCGCCGUUAAACGAAACACCUUCAACAGUCACAAAUACAGUAGCAACAGUCUGGCAGUAUGUGGAACAAUAUGGGUGGUUCAUCAUAGGAAUAGCGGUAGCUGUGCUGUUAUUGAAAAACCGUCUACAACCACAACUUGAUCGGUGGAGGAGUCAACGAGAGGAUGGGAGAAACAAGAAGAUAGAUCCUGUGGAAGCACAAAGUCGGUUGGAGGCAUUGGAGAGACAAAGACAACGCAUGCAGGAAAUGAUGGACAGACAGGCAGAAGAAUUCAAACAGAAACAGAAAGAGAAGGAAGAGAGGGCUCGUUUAGAGCGAAUAGCAGAUUGGGAAAACCACGAGCAGGGCAAAGGUUAUAAAAAUAAAACACGAACAAGAGACGAUACUGAUCCCGGCCCAUCCCAGCAGAAGCCAAAACCGAAAAAACCUCUGCGUGAUUCAGAUUACAACCCUUUGACGGGUGGCGGCGGAGCCUGUUACAGACCAUCUCGCCGAGGGCCGACGGGAGGAGGAUGAGGCUAGUGUCGCGUGUUAUCCAGUCUUCACCCUUUGACCGCACAGGGUCGUAGGGUCAAGGCAGAUCACAUGACCGCAUUAUGUGACAGGAUGUACGCGCAGUCUCGUCUUGUUUUCCUUUCUCUUGCAAGCUUUCCUAUACGAUCUUCUUGACUAACGAUGGCCUUUAUUUAUUUUUUAAUUUCCAAGGAGUUUAGUUGAUUUGUUUUGUUGUGUUUAAAGGACGAGGGAAUCAUUUUGUCUAGUUUCGUCAUGAAGUAAGGGAUGUGAAACAUUCUCCUCCACACCCAACCCCUCAGUCAGGAGCAGGGUUAUGUUCUGUUUACAGGGUUUAGUACAGGAUGAUGUUGCUUGGCUUCAAGGGUUCUCGCUAUUAGAAACCACGGAAAAUUACAAUUCGUUAAAAUUGUCGCUUUCAUUUAGAUAGGUGACUCCAAAUUGCAGGCCAAACUCUUGGCAAAAGUGUAAGAAAAUGGUGCGAAGGUGCUCGUGUAGUGGGGAGUGCAGGUGUGUAUGUGAUUUACAAUAUUUCAGUGAAAACUCAGCAUGGUGGCGGCUGGCUGUCGUCACACCAAGAAGCAGAUUCGCAUAAACAACUUCCAAGAUGUAAGCUGCGUCAGAAAUAAAGAUUACAUGAUCAAGUAGUAAGGUUAAUUAAAACAUUACUUAUGUAUUUUAUGUAUUUACAUUUAUUUUACUUCUUUGACAGUUUGUUUACAUGUCAACCACAUUGGAUCUGUCAGUAGUGAUAGGAAAUCAAAUCUGAAGAUCCAUCUCUAAGAACCUACAUUGUUAAGCUUGUUUUUUAAAUGAAAUAUCUGUACCUAUUUUUGUCCUGUAUUUUUUAAUUAAUAGCUCGUUAUUAGUCACUCCAUCGGACUUUUGAAUCCGAUGAUGUUAUGCUGUAUACUUUGAUGCAUGUUCUGGAGAGUUUGUGAGUGUUUACACUGUUUUCUUUUUCACACGUGUGUGUGUGUGAGUGAGUGAGAGAGAGAUAAGGGUUAUGUUUGUUGGGAUGGGUCAGCGUGUGUGUGUGUGUGCCACCUGACUGAUGGUACACGUAGCUAGUGUUCAGACGUUCAGUUAAUUCGUUUAAGGAAACUAACUGCACCUUAAAAGGCUAGGUGGAGGGGUUUAAGGAGGUGAGAUGUGGUUGGUGGUAAAACAAAUCACCCAAUUUUUUUUUAAGCUUGCAAGGGAAGGAGCACAACUUUGCGCGCAGGCAUUCUUAACGUGGACUUCAGUGCUUGAGAAAGUAACCGAUGUAGAUGAUUACAGUAGUGCAAUGUAGAAAUGUGUUUGUUUGUUUGUUUGUGUUUUGUUUUUGUGAACUGAUGGGAUAAGAAUCGAAAGAGCAUAACAUAAUAAAUAAUACAGUUUACUGACUUCUGCUGUUUGCCGGUUUGGCAUUUCAUACUGGCUUCGAGAUAUGUCAGGAAUGCAGUAGAGAAUUAUUUUAAUCUCGAACAUUGUGAUUUUUUACCUUUAGGCGCUGUCGUAGCUGCUGAGUUAUUAAUGCUGCAAACGAGGUUUGCUGACAUUGAAUAUUGCGCAGUCAACAAUAUUAAUCAACCAUCUGCAAAACUGUCGGUGGAACUCAUCGUCCUUCAAUUUCUUUCCUCUCCUCGCGCGGUGGCUAAAUAUUCAUUGUGAAUUUCUUGUUGGAAGAGAAUAUGUGAGAUGUAAAUUGUAAUCCGGGUGUCUUUCGUAAACGUCCCGUUCCCCCUCCCUCCAUUCGUAGUCCCCCCUACCUGUAUAUUUUUAUUCCUCGAUGUGCCUCAUACUGGAAGACAUGGGGUGGAUGGCGAAACCUUUUAAACCAUCGCAGUGUGGGAGGACUGUACACAAACCUUCAUCGGGUAGUUUUGCUGAACAGCGCUCAGACAAUCGUACACACAAGAUUCUAACAGAAUGUCAGCAUCUCCAAGUCUGUACCUCCCUCUCUCUCCCUCCCCAACCGCUCCUGGUCAACCCCCGCACUUGAGUUUCUUCUCUUGAUCAAUGUGGACAAGUGGAGGGCGUGGGGAUCGUUGGUUGGCGGCCCUCGCUGGCCACACGGCGGCGACCCUGGGCCUGAGAACGUGCUCACGGAUGACCGCCCGCUCAGCCUCCCCUCCAUGUCCCUUUCGCUGGCACAUUUAGUCCCUGAUUACCAGGAGGAUAUUUUUACAGGAAUAAUUAUCGAGCCUCCAGGAUCAUUGUCUGGGCUUGAUCAGAAAGGCAUUGUGGGUAAAUUACAAGCGGGGCGAAGUGCUAGUGCUGGAGCGAACCAGAUUUUUUUUCUUUUUCUCUUCUUCCCUUCUUUCUCUCUGUAGCUUGUCGCUGCUGAUUUCUGUACAGCGCAACCGAGGGCAUGAGUAACUAACGACAAAUUAUCCUCGUGUAAUGCCUUUUUUCGGGUGGAUUUUUUUUCUCUUCCUUUUAUUGUUUUGAUAUUUAUUUGACUCGGACCUCCGCCGAGAGCGCCCUCACAUUGGUCACAUUUCUAUUGACGUAAAUGGGACGUGGACAAAGAGCCUGCGAAUGGGGAGCUUCUUGUAGUCCUGCAUCGUUUAGAGUUUCAGUUAGGCAGUAUAUGUAUAUCAAAGCCUUACAUAGUGUAUCAGCUAACGAGCAUGUACAGAGUAAGCACCAUGAUGUCGCUGUAGUUACUGGGGAUGACAUAUAAUGGAUGAUAAAAUAUAUUAAAAGGCAAACACAUGUUGACUUUAAGCCCAUCGCAUGACUUCCUUUUCUUUUCAAAUGUUAAAGCUUGACAAUUUUGUCAUUGGGUUUAGAGGAUCCAACGAUUAACAAGUUCCAGACCUCGUCUGGCGUCCUAAGUUUCUGGUCUACGUUAAUGCGUCUGUACAAUCACGCCAUCUUGUCCUGAGCACACUCACUCCCAGAGUCGACAGAUUGGAAAAGGAUACCAUUACUACAUAGACAAUAGAGAGGAAGAUUCUAUAUCGGUUUUGCUCAGUCCACUGAAGUCCAGUUAGAAUGCGUAUGACGCUUUCUGCACCAAAGGGUUGAAUGAACCUUGGCAGACAGCCUAUGACCUGGCACAGAGUUGUGUUCAACCAUUGAAUUUUAUUGUCAUUUAUUAACACUUGUCAGUCAUAACACAUAUUGUUACCGUCUUAGGCUGGGGUUUAUCUUUAUUUUUUUGUAAUGAAAAGAUUGCAGUUUUGUUAGAUUCACCUUUAAGUUUAUAUUAAUAAUAUAUUCAUAAAAAAGUU